GGAACAACAACGACCAUAUCACCCAGCAUCGUCAGGGUGUCUGGGUGGGAUGCCAAAAUGCUUGACUACAAGGCGCUGCCCAAGAUUGAGCUCCACGCCCACCUCAGCGGCAGCAUCAGCCGACAAUGCCUGCACGAAGUCUGGCUCCUAAAGAAAGCCGCGGACGAAACGGAUCUGCAAGACCCCCUGAUCGAGAUGCCACCAGGAAAACAUGACUAUGAUCUGAAGACCUUCUUCCCCCUCUUCUCGUCAUACAUCUACAAUCUGGUCAACGACGGCCCAGUCCUGCGCUACACCACGCUCUCGGUGCUCCGCGACUUUGCGGAGGACGGGGUAGUCUACCUCGAGCUACGCACCACGCCGCGCGCGAUGCCGGCCGUGGGCUUGACCGAAGCCGACUACGUGCGGACCAUUCUCGAUACCAUCGCCGAGUUCGAGCGGAGCGCCGAAGGCAAGACAUUACGGACGAAGCUUAUCCUCUCGAUCGACCGCCGCAACAACCCCACCCAAGCCCGCCAGGUCCUCGCCCUGUGUAAACAGUUCCUGGGCCUCGGCGUCGUGGGCAUCGACCUGUGCGGCAACCCGGCCGUGCCGCUCGAUCCGCAGCUGGCGCCCGUCUUUGAGGACGCGCGGUGCGUUCCCGGGCUGGGCAUGACGCUGCACUUUGCCGAGGCCGAGUGCUCUGGCAGCGACGCCGAACUGGACAUGUUGCUGUCGUGGCGGCCGGACCGGCUCGGGCACGUCAUUUGCGUCAGCGAACGCGUGAGGCGGGAGAUUGCCGGGAGGAAGGGGAUCGGGUUGGAGUUGUGCCUGAGCUGUAAUGUGCACGCUGGGAUGGUCCAUGGCGGAUUCGAGAGCCAUCACUUUGGCGAGUGGUGGAAGGCCGCCGAUGCUGUGGUCGUUCUGAGUACGGACGAUGUGGGUAUCUUUGGCAGUCCGCUUUCAAACGAGUACGCUCUCGCGGCCCAGCAUUUUGGACUCAGCCGAGCGCACAUCUGUGGCUUGAUAAGGAAAGGAUUGGAUGUCAUAUUCGGAGGCGAAGAGGAGAAAAGCAGGUUAAGGGAUAUUCUCUGGAAGGCCUAGACUCGGAAAGAGACAACAAAUCCUGUUCAAUGCUUUGGUGAAUAAAGACGAAGAACGAAAAACCUGGAAUGGAGGAAGAAGAGGAGAAGAGGAAAAUCUUGUAAGAAGAGGCACUGUAAAUGUGAAGCAUAAAAACUCAAUCUUCAGCAGGAGGGUCCGUCGUCAUCUGAACAGUUGUCCAUUGCUGCCGGUGUACGGUGUACGCUCUCAACUGC